AUGGUUUAUAAAAAUUUUGAUGAUGAAGUAGGAAAAAGGAAGAUAUUCCUAAAUAAUAGGAACUGCGAAGAUUAUUCAAUAAAUGAAGGAAUAAAAAUUAAAAUGGAGGACUGGAGAUCUGAAAAUAAAUAUAAUAAUAUGCAUAAUGAUAAGUAUAAGCACGAUAGAGAUAUUUUAAAUAAAUAUAGUUACCAAAUAGAUAAUGUUAAAAAAAAGGAUGAAAGGGAAUAUGGAAAUUAUAAAAUGAAUGACUAUGAUAGGAGAGGUACGAAUUUAUAUGGUGUGACAAAAGAUUAUGAUGAUAAUAUGGAAAUUUAUAGAGAAAGGUGUGAGACUAAAAUGAAUGAAACAUAUACAAAGCCAACAGAUGAAUAUAUUGAGGGUUCAAAAAGAAGGAUAUCUCAAAGGGAUAUUAAGGAAUUAUUAAAUAAAUAUAAUAAGAAAGAUGAGUAUUACCAUGAAAAUAAAUAUAUUACAAAUGAUAAACGACAUACUUAUCAUAAUUUCAAUAGGAAGUAUGAUUCCUUAAAUCAGACUAAUAAUAGUAUGUUGGAUUCUGAAAAUAAAAGAAGAAAUAAUUAUUCACAUGAUGAUUUAACACGUGAUAAAAUAAGGUAUCACUCAAAAAAUAGUCGUCAUUAUAAUUUAGAUAAAAGUCAAAAUAGUGUUAACAUGAAUUAUAUUAAUAAUAACGAUAUUAACAAUUUAAAAAUUUUUAACCGUAAAGAAAAAGAUAAGGGGAGAUACAAUAGAAUAAAUGAAAAUGUGGAAUAUUGUAAAAAAAAUUUUAAUAAUAUAAAUUUACAUAAUGAAGUAUCGUCCACAUUUGACAGUGAUGAAUAUGAAAAAUAUAAUAUUAGGAAUCAUGAAAGGAAAUUAUCACCAAAAAAAAAAAAUCAAUAUAUUAAUUAUCAUAAUAAUGAUAAUAAUAUAUUUGAGAAUUCUAUUUCCCCCUUAAGAAGAUAUGCGAGUUUGAAUAAAUCAAUGGGAUAUAAAAACAGUUUCAAUGAUAAUUUGAAUACCCCAUGUUAUAAUAAAGAGUAUGAAAAUAAUAAAAGAAAAACUGAGUUGAAAGAUUAUGAACAUAAUAAACUUAAUGAUACUUAUGAAAGGGAUAAAAAGAAAUCUUUAUAUGACACCUUUUUUAAUAUUACAGAAAAGUUAGAGAGUAUUAAAAAGGGGAAAGAACAAAAUGGUAGUUUACAAAAAAAUGAGGAUAAAGAAAUUUUUCAGGAAGAGGAAAAAAACGAAUAUUAUAGUAAUGAAAAUAAUAAUAAUACAAUUAAAAAGAAAUGUAACUUAUUAUACCAUAAGAAUGAUAUAUUACAUGAUAUGCCAAAUUAUGAAAAUAUGCACAAUAGUUAUAUAUAUAAUAAUAGGGAUAGUUUUAGAAAUAAGGAGGAUAAAGAACAAAAUGAUAAUAAUUAUCAAGAGGAGGCACCUUUUGAUUUUUUUAUAAAAAAAUAUCCUUCGAUGUCAAAAAAAAAUAAUAUAAAAAGAAAUGAUAUUAAUGUGGAAAAUAUAUAUAAGGGUGUAACCUGUUUUGAUGAUAUUUUAAAAUAUAAUUCUGAGGAUUCUAUAACGUGUGAAGACGAUAAACAUAUAUUGAAAAAUUUAAAUAAUAAUAUAAAUAAUAAUAUAAAUAAAAAUAUAAGUAGUCAUAUAAAUAGUAAUAUAAAUAAAAAUAUAAAUAGUAAUAUAAAUAAGAAAGAUACGAAUGAAAAUUAUCAAGAAAAAAUUCAGGAAAAUUUACCUAUGGACGAAGAAUUCACGAAUAUAAAAAAACCAAAUGCAAAUUUAGAUGAUACAAGUUUAUCAUCUAAUAAUUUAAAAAGUACACAACUACAUAUGAGCGCAAUAUCACAUGGAUCAAAUGAUUAUUCCACUUUAUAUGAUUACACAAAUUAUUCAAAACAUCCAACAAAAGAAUCAUAUAGUGAUGAAAAUUUAUAUAAUGUAUCGAAAUAUGAACAAUAUAUGUUAGACAAAAAAUUAAACAAAAGUUCUAUGGAGGAAAAAAAGAAAAAGCAAUAUGAAUAUAAUCUUUUUCAAAGUAUGCCAACAAGAAAUUGCAGAAAUGAAAUAUCUUAUAAUAAUAAUAAUAAUAUGAAUGAUUAUUAUAAAAUUAAUAAAACAUAUAAUAUAUAUGAUAUGGAUAAUAUGAAUGAAUAUCAUAAUUUUUAUAAAGAUAAGCAUUUACGUAAUAAAAACGAAUUAGUAGAUUUAUCUAAAUUGAAAUAUGAUAUAGAUAGGGAUAUAUUUUUACAACAACAUAAUGAGGUAUUACAGAGUAAUAUUUUUAAAAAUAAAGAUAUGGAUGAAAACAUCAACAGUGAUAAUAAUAAUAAUAAUAAUAAUAUUAAAUUAUCUACUUCCCGUUUUGGUAAAAUUAAUAAAUCAAAUGAUAACUAUAUAAUGAAUGAUACCAAUCUUUUUAGUGAUAACCAAAGAUAUUUUACAAAUAAUAAUCCAUACGUUAAUAAUUAUUAUUAUAAGAAUAAUAAUCAUAAUGGUGAUGAUAAAAAUUUACAUAUGAUGAAUAAACUCAAGUACUUUGAUCAAGAACAUUUCAUUAAUGAGGUUAACCCUAAAUAUUUUAAUUCAAAUAUAAAUAAAAUCAACCAUUACAAUUAUAAUGGUAAGAAUAAUAACAAAAAUAAUAUUAAUCAAUAUGAGAAUGAGAAUGAUAAUAUUAAUAUAUAUAAUAAAAAAUAUAAUUCUUUACCUUACGAAGAAGAUGAAAAAUAUACAAGUAAUAUUACAAAUAUGGUGGAAAAUGAUAGUGAUUAUAUUAUUAAAAAUAUAGGUAAAAAGUAUAUAUUAAAUGAAGAUAGUGAUCAAUUAAAUAAAUUAUUAGAACUAAGAAAAAACAACAAAAAAAAAAAAAUGAGAAUUCAAAAUAAUCAAAAAUAUUCAUAUCAAGAUCAUUUUUAUUUUGAUGAUGAAGUAAAUGAUAAAUAUAUAUCUAAAACAUUAAAUGAAAAUGAUAUGAAUACUAGCUAUAAUAGUUUUAAUUCUACAUAUAAUAAAAGGAAUAAUAUGUCUGAUAAUUGUAAUGAUAACAUUUUUAAUUUUUUAAAAAAAAAUCGUUCAUACACUAGACCAAUGAAUAUUGAUGAUUUUAAUAUGGAUGAUGAAGACCAAACCGAACAAGAUAAAUAUAAUGAUGAUGAUUAUGAUGAUGAUGAUAAUAUAAAAAAAAAAUUUAAAUCCAAAAAAAAUGCAGACUUAACAUAUAAUGAAAUAUUUUUUCUAAUAUUUAUAUAUUUUAUAAAAAUUAUUUGUAUGUUUGGAAAAUAUGUAAUACAAGUUAUAUUAUUCAUUUCUUUUUUUAUAUAUAUUUAUUUUAAAAAAAAACCUUAUAAGACUAUUUGUACUACAGUAUUGGUGUCUUUUCCAGUCCUAUUGUUUUGUUUAUCAUUCAUCAUAUUAUCAUAUAGAAGUUUUAAUACAGAGUAUUUUGAUAAGGACAUAUAA